AUGCAGUAUUUUGAUGAAACACCAACCUCGGCCUGGUCCCUUCGAGGAUAUGUCGACUAUUUCCGCACAAACAAUGGGAUCUCUAGCUCACGGCAAUUUAUUCACAACAACUAUAAUAACGCAUUAAAACAUAUUUCGACAUCUGGCGUAGUCAACGAACGCAAGCGUGCAUUAUCACUACUCUCGUCAUUCAAACAAGAUAAAUUGUCAAUGAAGAGUUUUUGGGAAAAGGAAGAACAUUUUAUGAUCAUGACUAGUUUCAGCAGGCGCGAGAAGCGUGCAUUAGCAGAGGCCGAUACAGAGACGAUCGUUGACAAUUACGAUAUAACAGAUGAAGAAAAAGUAGAAUUAUGUUUCGACGCGUCUGAAAUACAGACAAUACAAGAGAGUACCAAAAGAAUUAUUGAAAGGAGCACUAAUGAAUUAGAGACUAAAUUAUUAACAUGGCAACACUAUAUGCUUAAGAAAAUAGAAAGCGGGGUGAAUCGCCCAAGACAACAAAAUAUUCAUAUGCUAUUAGCAGCAUCAUCGAUAUUCUAUUUUCGGCGAAAAAACGAACAGGCGUAUGUAGAUCAUUUAACCGUGAGUGAAACUUCCCAAGUUAAGUCGUUUGUGGUCCCAUGUUUUGAACGGAUCGAAAUUCCAGAUGAUAUAAAGUUGUUUGUGGAUACAAACAAAAAGAAAUUUCGACGAGAUGCUCUUGAAGAUCUUGAAAUAUAUGUCAGGGAAUGUUCAGGCAAACAACAUGGUAGUUAUGUAAUCAAAACGUUCUAUAGACUACUUGAGGAGUAUGUACUAUGGGACUUUUCAGUUAAUAUGGAAAAAUUAACUGAGGGAACUUAUAUUGUGGAUUAUUUGGGACCUAUCUUUAAUAAAACAAUUCAUUAUUUUAAUUAUGUUACCACACAUUCAUGGAUCAGCGUCGAGUCUAACCCUUCCAAACUGCGUAAGAGUCCUGCUAGCGGUCGGGUUCCGGAUUAUAUGCUUCACAAUAAAGAUAACACGCGUACAGCUGUUUAUUUGGAAGUUACAAGUCCGAGACGUGAAAGUGAUGAUGUAAAAAUUCAUUGGGAUAUAUACAGAGGUUCUAUACAUGCUAAAGAUUCUGUGGAUUUUGAUAUAAAAAAAUACAAUAUUCAGCCAUCAUCUGGAAAAAAGAUUAUAAUCUUUAUAAAAGGAUAUAAAAUGGUUGUCUGUGUGAUGAAACUUCAAUACCCAGGAAUAUAUUUAUUGGUUGAAGUGGCAGAUUGCACAAUUCCAAAAUCUAUUCGAGACUUAGAACAUAUAAUGAAACUGCAUCAGAUUUUAAUAAGUAUCAGGGAAAAUGCGAUAGAUUAUCUUGACGAGUCUGGGAAUGUUACGCCAGAUCAUACAAAUUACUGGAGCUGGAUUAAACCAACCGCAAAUACACCUUCUAAAACAAAACAUCUGCCUAAACAGUAG